AACGCCCGCAUACCAACUCGGAUUAUUGUUUCUGGAGCACUCGGGGUGACUUCCGAGCACAUCAAUCAGGAAAAAAGUUUUACACAAAUCGAAUAGGAUCGCUCGAAUGGCUACGUACAUUUGUGUACAACAAGUGCGAUAGUUCACCGAGCACAGCAUCCGGUACGACUAUUGGUUUCAAUCGGAACCAAUUCCGUUAGGAAGAUAAGCAACAUGAUGAAACGACUAGCGACAGCUGUGCUGGUGUUGUGCGACAUCAUCGUCGACAUCAGUGCCAGGUAUGACGACUUUACGAAACAACAGCUCAACGACCAUACCCAAACCCAACUGGUCCGUCCUCCGUUCGAUUUGCUUGAUGAUGACCAUCCACCGUUGUCAUCUCGCAUGAUGGCUUCGCUACAAACGGUCGGUUCCAUUAGUGCGACCAUUCAGGAGCAGCAGCAGCAACAGCUAUCAUUAUCACCGGUGGCCGGCGGAGGCAGUGUCAUCGAGGAAACCACCAUCGUGCUCAACGUGAGCGCCCUCUGGAGCAGGUACAUGGCCCUGUCCAGCUACAGUGGGCCCGCCGUCGAGGAUGCCUUCCGGGACAGAAUCAACCCGUUCUGGCUGCAGUUUGAUCCACCGUCGUCCGCCGCCCACUACACACUUGGGUUCAUCUACUUUAUGAUGAUGCUCUUCGGCCUGUGCGGCAAUCUGCUCGUGAUUUUGAUGUUCAUCAGGUUCAAAACCCUCCGAACACCAGCCAACUACUUGGUCAUCAACCUGGCGGUAUCGGACUUCAUCAUUAUGCUGGAAGCACCACUUUUCGUGUACAACAGCUACCACCGGGGUCCAGCGAUCGGUAAUGUAUGGUGCACAAUCUACGCCCUACUUGGUGCCGUUGGUGGAACGGUUGCCAUUGUCACGCUCACCAUGAUUUCGAUCGAUCGCUACAAUGUGGUGGUCUAUCCACUGAACCCGAACCGCUCGACCACCCGGCUGAAGGUCGCCUUCAUGAUUGUGUUCUCCUGGAUCUACGGGCUGAUAUUUUCCGUCAUCCCAGCGCUGGACAUCGGUCUUAGUCGAUACACUCCGGAAGGUUUCCUUACUGCGUGCAGUUUCGACUAUUUGGAGCGAACGUGGGACGCUCAGGUUUUCAUGUUCGUGUAUUUCAUCUUCGCCUGGGUUGUCCCAAUCAUCGCCAUAACGUUCUGCUACAUUCAGAUUUUGCGCGUUGUUAUCGGAGCCAACAGCAUCCAGUCCAGUAAGAACAAAAGCAAAACGGAAGUAAAGCUAGCUGGCGUGGUCAUCGGCAUUAUUGGGCUGUGGUUCAUUGCGUGGACUCCAUACGCCAUAGUGUCCAUGAUGGGAGUGUUUGGUUAUGAACAUCUGCUCACUCCUUUGGGCUCGAUGGUGCCUGCUAUUCUGGCCAAGACGGCUGCUUGCAUCGACCCUUACUUCUACGCUAUGAACCACCCUCGCUACCGUCAGGAGUUGAAGAAAAUGUUCGGAAUGAACCAGCAGGAUAUCGGAAACUCGCAAUACCAGACAUCGCGGUACACGAGAAACGCAUCGCGAAUUGAUGAUUCCGAGGGUGGCUCCAACGAGCGGGUCACGAUCGGACCAAAACCAGCAGCCGACGAUACGUCGCUGUCCGUUUCGGUUGACCUGACCGAGGGCAACGCCAACAACAAUCACUAGGGCAGGUGAUGGCGCGCCCGGCAGCCGGUACACGUGCUGGUUACCUACCGGACGUCCAGAGUUCACGAUGAUGACAGCAACGAUAGACAGGAGGACACGUUCGAGUGUUAGUGGGUUUUUUUUUAAAUCUGACGAGCUCAUACAUAUUGUUGGGAGAAAUUGGGAGCGAUAUUUUUCGGUAAUUAGUAAUAAUUGAAAAGUGCCUUCUUAUGAUAGUGUUUUAAGAAAUGUGGUAGAUUUGAGGAUAUUUAAAAGUACGACGCCAGUAUCAUUGUACAAACUCAAACGAAGCCGCGUGAUGAGCUUUUGACGUAGAUCAUAGGAACGAGUUAGAUAUUUACGAAAUUGAGUGGGUUACUCUUAAUGGCCCAACCAUGUGACUAAUAAAAUCGAAACAUUUCAAAGUGGUAUUGUAUACUAUAAGCAAUCAUAUGUGAACAAAAAAAAAAACAACUUUAAUCAGAUCAAACAUGCGAACACUAUUUUCAAUUCAUUCAAGUUAACCUUCAAGUUAUCAUUUCACAGAGCCAAUGCAAGUCAAGUAAUUAAUUUUUUAAUAGUAUGUCUAAUAUUAGUUGAAAAAAAAGUGAUCCAAAAAAUGAGUCAAGUCGAUAUUGUUAAUAUUCAACAUCUAUUGUAUGCAAAAGUGUUUUCAUUGAUGAAUAAGGAUUGAAUAUUUAUCCAAUGUUGAGCUGCAUCAUACCACUCUCAGAUAAACAAAGUGAGCUCGGAAUUGGGAUCUAUUGCUAGUAGUAUCGAUAACUCAAACCUUCCAAAGAAAAUGGUUAUUGUGAUCGAUCAGUAACGCUUAUGACCAUGAUUGCAUUGAUUAAGAAUAAUGACAG